GGUCAACGACUGGAACUCCUUACCUGAUUCAGUAGUAACAGCUCCAUCGGUGAACGCUUUCAAAGAGAAACUGGAUCUCUGCAGAGAUAUAUAUCGCGAGGAUUAACAUAGGCAACAAGAGCCUUCUGUCCUUAUAAUCUGAAUCUGGUCUACUUGCAGUGCGCCUACAUUCUUGACCGUAGCAUCCGCACUUCGUCCUAACCUAUGCGCAAACUUGUGCGUGUGUUACUUCAUAGGAACACCAUGUGUCGUCUAUGCAUUGAUGUCUUCAUAUCCCAAUCAGACUAAAUCUCUUCAUCUGAAACAGGAGAAUUGAAAUCAAAAUAUGCUUACUUAAUUAUAAGUAUGUAUACUGUGGUGAGUGCUGAGUGUUUCACUUUGACCUAAACUGAGGGAAACUGACUAACCACGUGACUCUGGUAUGUCGCGAAUCCAUCUGUUCAAUCUCCAUAUCCGGGUUGUUCUGUAAGAACAAAAAGGCGAAGUUUUCAAAUACUGAUUCGCCGUUGAAAUAUUGAAAAUACUGCACAUGGACGUCCUAGCUGCAAUCAGAACGAGAAGUUGAAGUUGAGUUUCUUCAGCAAGUUAUUUUUCCGUUGGUUAUCCUCAGUAUUGCUUUGAAGAAUAUGGCGUUACUUCUAGUUUGUAUUGGUACUUUAAAUAACUUCCUCAGAUAAUACAAAUUCAAUAUCAAGUCAUUGAUGUUUCUAUUUUACAGACAUCUUGUGACACAACUGUAUUGGAUCUGUAACCAAGUAACACACUAUGGAUACUGUUCUCCUAAGUGAUCUUGAACGCUUCUACCUCGUACAGGGAGUUGAAUUGGGAUGUAGGAUGGAUGGCCGCAGGCCAAACGAAUAUCGACCUUUAGAAAUUGAGACUAGUAUCUUAAGCCACGCGAGCGGUUCAGCGAGUAUUCGCAUUGGUGAAACAUUUAUUUUAUGUUGUGUCAAAACGGAAGUUGGUAAACCGUCUUUAACUGCUCCAAAUGAAGGUCGUAUAGAAAUUAAUGUUGAAUGUUAUCCUACAGCAACUCACCGUUGCAAUGAUAAAAUAGCAUCUGAAUUAGCCGAACGCUUGAAAGCAACAUUACAAUCAGUCUAUCAAUCAGAGUUUCUUGAUCUUAGUUCAUUGUGUAUACAACGUGGUCGACAAUGCUGGAUUGUGUACAUUGACUUACUUAUAUUAGAAGGUGCUGGAAACCUGCUUGAUGCAUCAUCUUUAGUCAUUAAGGCUGCUUUACUCAAUGCAACACAGUCGAAUUCUUCACUGGCAUCUGUUUUCAAAAAUAAGAAGAAAAUGGUGACUUCGGAAUCCUCAGCUGAACACUCUAAUGACGAUAUGCUACCUCUAUUCGUUACAGUGCAUAAAAUUGGGAAUGCUUACGUAAUCGAUGCUACUAAAGAAGAAGAGGCGUGUUCAUUAUCCAGGUUGUCUGUUGUUAUAUACCCUGACGGGUCAUUAGGAUCUAUAGAACGUGAUGGAUGUUCCAGUUGUCAUUUGGAAACAAUUGUUAAAAUGUCAGAGCUUGCAACCACAGUUGGAAAGGAAUUAAAUCAGGCUUUGAUAAACACACUGGAAUUAGAGAAACAAUUGCGUUCCACAUAGAAAAAAAUAUAGUAUCUUUGUAUAUAUGGUAUACUUAAAUGUCUUUUCAUCAUUGUUCCCAGUGUUAUGCAAGAGAAUAUGAUCACUGUUUGAAAGUAUCCAUUGGAUUCCAACUUAAGCAAUUCGAAAUAACCUAUUGCUUUUACUAAUAACAUAAAAAAAGUUGUUCAGC